CGCUAACGUCGCAGGUCUAGUGUGUUGCGUUGGGGUGAGCAAUGGCGUUACCAAGAAUUCUGUCAACAAACUCACAAAGAGUGUGAUUUAUGACGUUUUUCACGUCGACAUUUCUUGACAGGGGACUUAUCGGCGGAAGGAGAGUCGCGAGGUUUCAUUCGCACUCCUUGCACUCAAGGCAUACAGACCACCUGUCAUCCAAAGGGUGACACCUGGAACCUCCUGCACAGCCCUUCAUUUUUGAUGAGGUCAUGACUAAUGUCAACAUCACCCGAGAUAUCCUGCACAGACAGAUCAGAGACAAGAAAGUGUCAGGCUUCCAAAGGUUCUAUCAUGUGACCGACCCCUUCAUUAAGAGACUGGGCCUGGAGGCUGAGCUUCAGGGCCACACCGGCUGCGUCAACUGUCUGGAAUGGAAUGAACGUGGAGAUCUGCUGGCCUCAGGCUCAGACGACCAGCAUGCCAUUAUCUGGGAUCCAUUCAGGCUCAAGAAGCUUACGACUAUGCACACAGGACAUGCAGCAAACAUAUUCUCUGUCAAGUUCCUCCCUCACUCCGGAGACAGAAUAUUGAUAACUGGUGCUGCGGACACUAAGGUCCAUGUGCAUGACCUGACAGUGAAGGAAACCAUCCAUAUGUUUUCUGAUCAUACCAACAGGGUCAAAGGCAUCGCCACAGCACCAAUGUGGCCCAACACCUUCUGGAGUGCCGCAGAGGAUGGUGUCAUCCGACAAUAUGACUUGCGGGAGAGCAGUAAACACUCCCAGGUGCUGAUUGACUUGACGGAGUUCUGUGGUAAGCUGAUGGAGGCCAAGUGUUUAGCUGUCAAUCCACGCAACAACAACUACAUGGCGGUUGGGGCAAGUGAUCCCUUUGUACGUCUCUAUGACAUUCGGAUGAUUCACAACUGUAGGAAAUCAUCUCUUGUGCGCGCAAUAUUUGAAAAUCGGAGCCCCAUCCCAGACAAUGCUGUGCAGUAUUAUGUUGCAGGGCACCUGCCAAGGAGGCUUACAGACUAUAAUAGCCGCAUGAGGGUCCUGGUGGCUACUUCUGUCACUUUCAGUCCAGAUGGAACUGAGUUGCUUGUCAACAUGGGUGGGGAACAGGUGUAUCUGUUUGACUUGACAUUUAAACAAAGGCGGUACUCACUGCUGCUUCCACAAACAUGCCAGCCAUCAACAGGAGAUGUGCAGACUCAAAAGACAACCAAUGGCGUCUCCAAUGGAAUUCACUUGCCAACCAGCCAUAUUCGAUUUGCCCAAAGCGACAUCCAAAUGAGCUCGACUGAGCUUCCUCCCCAUUUGGAAAAGAUCAAACAAAAAGCUAAUGAUGCAUUUGCAAGGCAGCAGUGGACGCAGGCCAUCCAGCUGUACAGUUCAGGAAUUCAUAAUUCCAGCUGCAAUGCCGUGCUGUACGGAAACCGCGCCGCAGCCUACAUGAAACGGAAGUGGGAUGGAGACCAUUACGACGCACUCAGGGACUGUCUGAAGGCUCUGACACUAAACCCAGAACAUCUGAAGGCUCAUUUCAGGCUUGCACGGUGUCUCUUUGAGCUUGAGGAUGUGUCGGCAGCGCUGGUGUGCCUCAACGAUUUCAAAGGAAAGUUCCCAGAGCAGGCACACAGCAGCGCUUGUGACGCAUUGGAUAAAGACAUCAAGGCCUACAGCUUCUCCACACCAGAGUCAGCAGACAAUAAGAAGGGCAGCAAUUCUAUUCGAUUCCACUUACUGACCCAGAAGGAAGUCUCUGAAGAUGAAUUAGAUCAGAGAGAACAGAGCUUGGACUACAAGCACAGAUACUGUGGUCACUGCAACACCACCACCGAUAUCAAAGAGGCCAACUUCUUUGGAAGCAAAGGCCAGUACAUCGUCAGCGGCUCAGAUGAUGGCUCAUUCUUUAUCUGGGAAAAGGAGACAACAAAUCUGGUUCGAGUCCUGCAGGGAGAUGAGUCUAUAGUUAACUGCUUGCAGCCUCAUCCCAGCUACUGCUUCCUGGCAACAAGUGGUAUUGACCCCGUGGUCCGAUUAUGGAAGCCCCGACCUGAGACGGAGACGGAAAAUGCACGUGUGGUAGAAGACAUGGAAGGUGCUUCUCAAGCCAACCAACGGCGAAUGAACGCAGAUCCACUGGAGGUUAUGCUGCUCAACAUGGGCUAUCGUAUCACAGGAUUGCGUGGCGUAGGCCCAGAUGGUUCAGACGAUGAGGACAGUUCAGAUGGACAAGUACCAUGUCGGCCGAGCUAAAACAAACCGACAGCUGUUCUGUAAAAUGGAAGUAGGAAGCAAAGCGCUUUCGGUUUGAAUCCUAAUUUGCCCUCCUUUUUGACUGAGGCACUGAGUGAAUAUCAUGUCACAUCUCAACGCUACAGGAGGUCCUUGGCUUACGAACGAGUUCCGUUCCGACGACUGUGAUGUAAGUGAAGUGUUAGUGUAAGUCAAAACUUAUAACUAAAUUAACGCUUAAGUCACUCACACUGUACACAGAACACAUGAGGACAUACACAUACAGUAAUACAAAGAUUAAAAUGCAAAAAAUAAACAAAACGGUAGUUUAAAAAAAAUAAAGACAAGACAGAACAACGUACUUUUAUCCCUGUGGUUGUCUUGCACGCUGGAAGGGGUGAUGCAAGGGAGGGAGAGACAGGCUUAUUGGGAGGAGGAAGUCUCAAUAAUGAGACCACUAUGCUGCUUGAUUGUCACUGUCCAUUUCAUAAUAGAAGAUCCAUGUUGAAAAGUACCAUCAUUAUCUUUGAUGAUGAUCAUGACGUUUGAACGACCACACAUGCAGCCAGUGUUGAUUUCACCACAUCUCUACUGAGUGUUUUGCGAUGUGUAAUUUCACUUCACUUUUUGUUUCUUUGACAUGCUAUCACCAGAAGAGUCUGCCCAUGCUUGGGCGACACAGUGGAGGUUGAAGUUAAAAAGGUAACAAAGAGCAAAAGUGACAUCCUUGCUCAAUGUAACAAUGCAACUACGUAUUAUCCCCCCUAUGUAUUCUUACGCCGUGCACACAUAACUAGCUCUCCAUUUUUUCGAGUGCAGUGUUAAUAAAUUCAUAGGAGUGUGUUCAUAACUAUGAAACGUUGUAAAACGAGGACCACCUGUCUGCAUCAUUCUUUGAGGGCUGGUGGGCGCCUCUGAGGGGAGGAAGUCGUAGGAGGGUGCACGUCACUCCCCCAGUUUGUCACAUAGCUCAGCACUUCUCCCUGAGGUUUGUGUUGGCAACCACAUGUCAAAGGAGAGGCACUCUGGUGACCUAUUUUCAGGUCUCACAGGCAGUGACCUCCAUAGAGGAUCAAAUCACAGACUAUUAUAAGGUGCUUUGCUGCAUCUCCUGUCUGCUCUCCAUCAGCGUACAUGCAUCUCAGAAUGGGUAUAACCCAUCUCCAGUUUUUUUUUUUUUUUUUUUGCAGAAAGCCUAGACUAAAAUGUCACUCCCUUUCAUGAAAGCUCCAUGCUGCAAUUAUUGUAAUUAUGGGGAUCGCCUUUUGUUUAAUUUAUUUUAUUUUUUAUUCUUCUGCCAAAGUUCGCCCUCCAUCAGCUAAAUAAAUGGCCAUGGAUUUGUGUUCUUCGUUCUUUAUAACAGGAGUUUCACUCAAUUAACUUAAUCAGACUCGUUAGUUUUUUGUUUUCUUUGUCAUUGAUGGCACAUGAAAUGUUGGUGUGAAAAAAGGCAUGUUGUGUCUAAGAGUAACACAAAUGCUCAUUUAGGGUAUAUGCAGUGUUUGAUGAUACAGCGGCUGUGUGUCAAGUACUCGCCCUUGGCUAUACUGCUCAUGAACUGGCUAAUUUUAAUUCAUCAAUGCACAUGUCAAACGUAGACUUCCAUGUGUUUUACUUUGUUCAUCGAUUUUCUUUAAGGAAUCAUGUAAUCCCAUUUUUUUUUCUUGUCAACAGAACACAACUAUAAAGAAUAAGAAUGAA